CCCCAUAGUGUAGGUCACUGACCCUGCUUGGAAAACACUGGGCUAGCUCAUAUAAGGAAAGCAGGUCAGACCUGUGUGCUCAGCAAUGGCGUUUGUGUGGUGGCCCUGCCUUGUUUUGACUCUGUUCUUUGGCUUGGAGACCUCUGGCUUUCCGAGAAGUCCCCUUCGACUGCUUGGGAAACGGAGCCUCCCAGAAGGGGUGGUCGACGGCAUUGAAGUCUACAGUACCAAGAUCAGCUGCAAGGUGACCUCCCGCUUUGCUCACAAUGUUGUCACUACAAGGGCUGUCAACCGUGCAGACAAAGCCAAGGAGGUUUCCUUUGAUGUGCAGCUGCCCAAGACCGCCUUCAUCACCAACUUUACCUUGACCAUCGAUGGUGUCAUCUACCCUGGGAACAUCAAGGAAAAGGAAGUUGCCAAGAAGCAGUAUGAAAAGGCUGUGUCACAGGGCAAGACAGCUGGCUUGGUCAAGGCCUCUGGGAGGAAGCUGGAGAAAUUCACAGUGUCAGUCAAUGUGGCCGCAGGCAGUAAGGUCACCUUUGAGCUAACCUACGAGGAGCUGCUCAAGAGGCACAAGGGCAAAUAUGAGAUGUACCUCAAGGUCCAGCCCAAACAACUGGUCAGACACUUUGAGAUUGAUGCACACAUCUUCGAGCCCCAGGGCAUCAGUAUGCUAGAUGCUGAGGCCUCGUUCAUCACCAAUGACCUCCUGGGAAGUGCCCUCACCAAGUCCUUCUCAGGGAAAAAGGGCCGUGUGUCUUUCAAGCCCAGCCUAGACCAACAGCGCUCAUGCCCAACCUGUACAGACUCCCUCCUCAAUGGGGACUUCACCAUCACCUAUGAUGUGAACAGAGAAUCUCCAGCCAAUGUGCAGAUAGUCAAUGGCUACUUCGUGCACUUCUUUGCACCGCAAGGCCUUCCAGUGGUGCCUAAGAACAUAGUCUUUGUGAUUGAUGUCAGCGGCUCCAUGUAUGGUCGGAAAAUGCAGCAGACCAGGGACGCUCUUCUCAAAAUUCUGGAAGAUAUGAAAGAGGAGGACUACCUGAAUUUCAUUCUGUUCAGUGGUGAUGUGACCACCUGGAAAGACCACUUAGUUCAAGCCACGCCUGAUAAUCUCAAGGAGGCCAGGGCAUUUGUGAGGAGCAUUAAAGAUCAAGGAAUGACCAACAUCAAUGAUGGACUGCUGAGGGGCAUCAGUAUGCUGAACAAGGCCCGGGAGGAGAAACUUGUUCCUGAGAGGAGCACCUCUAUUGUUAUCAUGUUGACAGAUGGGGAUGCCAAUACUGGUGAGAGCAGACCAGAGAAGAUCCGGGAGAAUGUCAGGAAUGCCAUCGGGGACAAGUUCCCUUUGUACAACCUGGGCUUUGGUGACAAUCUGAAUUAUAAUUUCCUGGAUACUAUGGCCCUGGAGAACAAUGGGUUUGCCCGGCGCAUUUAUGAAGACUCGGAUGCUGACUUGCAGUUACAUGGCUUCUAUGAGGAGGUGGCUAAUCCACUAUUGACAAGUGUGGAGGUGGAGUAUCCAGAGAAUGCCAUCCAGGACCUCACCAAGAACAAUUACCCCCACUUCUAUGAUGGCUCUGAGAUUGUUGUAGCCGGGCGCCUUGUGGACAGGGACAUGAACAACUUUAAGGCAGAUGUGAAGGGCCAUGGGGCCAUGAACGACCUGACCUUCACAGAGGAGGUGGACAUGAAGGAGAUGGAGGCAGCUUUGAAGGAGCAAGGCUACAUCUUUGGGAACUACAUUGAGCGGCUCUGGGCUUACCUCACUAUUGAGCAGCUAUUGGAGAAACGUAAGAAUGCCUAUGGUGAGGAGAAGGAGAACCUCACAGCCCAGGCCCUGGAGCUAUCCCUCAAGUACAAUUUUGUGACUCCACUGACCUCCAUGGUGGUGACCAAGCCUGAGGACAAUGAGAACCAGGCAGCCAUUGCUGAUAAGCCUGGGGAAGAAGCGAACUCUGUGAUCCCCUCCACGGCCUACAUGACCAGCUACCAGCCUCCUCAAACACCUUACUAUUAUGUGGAUGGGGACCCCCACUUCAUCAUCCAAGUUCCAGAAAAAGACGAUGCCCUCUGCUUCAACAUUGAUGAGGAUCCAGGCACUGUGCUGAAUCUCAUUCAGGACCCAGUCACAGGCCUCACUGUUAAUGGGAAGAUCAUUGGAGACAAGGGCAUUAGCCCUGAUUCCAAGACCAGGAAGACUUACUUUGGCAAACUGGGCAUUGCCAAUGCUCAGAUGGACUUCCGGAUUGAGGUGACCACGGAUAAGAUCACCCUGUGGAAUGGGGAUGAACGGAGCACUUUCAGUUGGCUGGACACAAUCAUGGCCACUCGGGUUGGGCUGUCUGUAACAAUCAACAGGAAGAAGAAUAUGGUGGUCUCCUUUGGAGAUGGGGUUAGCUUCGUGAUUGUCUUGCAUCAGGUUUGGAAGAAACAUCCAGUUCACCAAGACUUCCUAGGGUUCUACGUGGUAGACAGCCACCGGAUGUCAGCACAGACGCAUGGGUUGCUGGGGCAAUUCUUCCAUCCCUUUGACUUUGAAGUGUCUGACAUCCACCCAGGCUCUGACCCCACAAAGCCAGAUGCCACAAUAGUGGUGAAGAACCAUCGAUUGACGGUCACAAGGGGCUCCCAGAAAGAUUUCAGAAAGGAUGUCAGAGUUGGCACGAAAGUCACCUGCUGGUUUGUCCAUAACAAUGGGGAAGGGCUAAUUGACGGUGUCCACACUGACUAUAUUGUCCCCAGUCUGUUCUGAAUAAACAUGACAGCUGCUGCUGAAAUGGAAGUCAGCUUGCCUGGUAUCUGGAACAGGGGCACAGGAUGGAGCCUGUGGGAAGGAACUGGACAAUAAAGCCAAGCAUGGAAACCAG